UCCCCUUCCCUGGAGAAUUCGCCACUGGACGGGCAGCAACUUCACGAAGGAGGGAUGGAUAACAGGGUCCCGGGCACAGCCAGUAAUGGAGAGACAAAGCCAGUGUGUGCGGGCGCAGAGAAGGCGGAACAAGAUGGUACCCUGGCGCGAGGCCAGUGGAACAACAAGAUGGAGUUCGUGCUGUCUGUGGCUGGGGAGAUCAUUGGCUUAGGCAACAUCUGGAGGUUUCCUUAUCUCUGCUACAAGAAUGGGGGAGGUGCCUUCUUCAUCCCCUACCUCAUCUUCCUCUUCACCUGUGGCAUUCCCAUUUUCUUCUUGGAGACAGCCCUGGGCCAGUACACUAGUCAGGGGGGCAUCACAGCCUGGAGGAAGAUCUGCCCUCUGUUUGAGGGCAUCGGGUACGCCUCUCAGAUAAUCAUCAUUCUCCUCGAUACCUACUAUAUUGUUGUCCUGGCCUGGGCCUUCUUCUACCUCUUCAGCAGCUUCACUACUGACCUCCCCUGGGGAAGCUGUCACCAUGAGUGGAACACAGAGAACUGCGUCGAGUUCCAGAAGACCAAUGGCUCCCUGAACGUCACCUCGGAGAACGCCACCUCCCCAGUGAUUGAGUUCUGGGAGAGGAGGGUCCUGAAGAUCACGGAUGGCAUCCAGCACAUGGGGGCCCUGCACUGGGAGAUGGUCUUGUGUCUCCUGCUGGCCUGGGUCACCUGCUACUUCUGCAUCUGGAAGGGGAUCAAGUCCACGGGCAAGGUGGUGUACUUCACAGCCACGUUCCCUUACCUCAUGCUGGUGGUUCUGUUAAUUCGAGGGGUGACACUGCCUGGGGCGGCCCAAGGAAUUCAGUUUUACCUGUACCCCAACAUCACACGGCUGUGGGAUCCCCAGGUGUGGAUGGAUGCGGGCACCCAGAUCUUCUUCUCUUUCGCCCUCUGUCUGGGGUGCCUGACGGCCCUGGGUAGCUACAACAAGUACCACAACAACUGCUACAGGGACUGCAUCGCACUCUGCUUCCUCAACAGCGGCACCAGCUUCCUGGCUGGCUUCGCCAUCUUCUCCAUCCUGGGCUUCAUGUCUCAGGAGCAAGGCGUGCCCAUUUCUGAAGUGGCUGAGUCAGGCCCUGGCCUCGCUUUCAUCGCCUAUCCUCGGGCUGUGGUGAUGCUGCCUUUCUCGCCUCUGUGGUCCUGCUGCUUCUUCUUCAUGGUGGUCCUCCUGGGACUAGAUAGCCAGUUUGUGGGUGUAGAAAGCCUGGCAACGGCGGUGGUGGACCUGCACCCCAGGAUAUUCCGCAAGAAAAACCGGAGGGAGCUCCUCAUCCUCGCCGUGGCUGUGUUCUCCUUCCUGGUCGGCCUGAUCAUGGUCACAGAGGGGGGCAUGUACGUGUUCCAGCUCUUUGACUACUACGCGGCCAGCGGCAUGUGCCUCCUGUUCGUGGCCAUCUUCGAGUCCCUCUGUGUGGCUUGGAUUUACGGGGCCGGGCGCUUCUACGACAACAUUGAAGAUAUGAUUGGAUACAGGCCAUGGCCGCUGAUCAAAUACUGCUGGCUCUUUUUCACCCCAGCUGUGUGCAUGGCCACCUUCAUGUUUUCGCUGAUCAAGUAUACCCCACUGACCUACAACAACAAAUACACCUACCCCUGGUGGGGUGACUUCUUAGGCUGGCUGUUAGCUCUGUCUUCCAUGAUCUGCAUUCCCGUCUGGGGUGUCUACAGGCUCAGCACCCUCAAGGGGCCCUUCAGGGAGAGACUCCGCCAGCUCCUGUGCCCAGCCGAGGACCUGCCCCGGCAGAACGUGGCAGGACCCCCCACCCCCCUGACGCCCAGGACGUCUCUUCUCAGACUCACAGAGCUGGAGUCUCACUGCUGAGGGACAGGCCCGCCCGUGGCCAUGCCGCCAGUUUGCCUGGCGGGGAGGGGAUGGCGGCCCAGGCCGCGGCAGCCCUCGGUGCUCUUUCUGCUCCCCGCCAUCCACCCGGGGCAGAAAGGACAGAAGCGGGGGAUAUCUUCCAAUCCACCCUGUGAGCUGGGGCAGGGGUCCCUCCCACCUCCACUGCCCCCACUCCAGAGGUGGCCCCCGACAGUGACACACAGCCCCCGGAGCGCAGCGCUGCAGGGGCGACAGUGUGGCUGGCCGCUGGGCCUCCUUCC